AUGGCCUCUCCGGGUGCUGAAGGUGCUGGCAAACAGGUUAGAGCGGAAAACAGAUCAACCGGGAGCCAGUUCCUCGCGGAUGGUCACGGAGACCUGAACGCAGCGAGUGGCAAUGGGAUCGUGUACAAAGAUCACCGCGUCUUCAAUUUCGCGACACCGGGUAUUCCGUUGGGAUGGAACUUGGCCGAGACCUUGAAUGGGAUGGGGAAUGCCCUGCAUCGGCCCCAAAAUGCUGCCAUCUGCGAAUGGCUGAAGAAGCAAAAGGGGUCACCUCCUCUUGACGCUUGUCGACAAUAUUAUGUUGAAACGAAAAGCCAGAUGGUCAAUGGAACUGGCUCAUGGAUUCUACAAAACGAGCAAUUUAGAGCUUGGAAGGAUCCCACGAACCUUUCGACCAAAUUGGCCUUGGAGGGAAUACUUGGGUCAGGGAAAACAAUGUUGGCGACUCAUAUAAUAGACUCCCUAUCACAAGAGAUAAAGGGCCAGGCUGGAGUUGCAUGCAUCUAUUUCUACUUCCACGCGGGCAGUAGCGUGUCCCCUGAUCGCGUUUGGGCGACCUUACUGUACCAACUAUUGCAAUUUGAGAGCCCGAAAGGAAUUACGCCGGACUUAACCUCCAGCUUUCAAGGCUUGACCUCGCUUUGCGCAUCUGAAUACUAUGAUCUUUUCGUCGCCCAGGUGUCAAUGUUCAAUGGCGUGUCCUUGAUAUUCGACGGUCUCGAUACGUGGUCGUCUGAGCAAGCCCAAGAAUGCGUUCAAAACUCAUUAAGAACGAUGCCUGGGAAUGUCAAAAUUCUCUUUACAGCUCGCAGCGAUGCUGUGGCGCGAAGACUUGCAACGAAACAAACCAUUCGAGUUAAACCAUCUGCAUCCGAUGUCAAGGCUUAUAUCGAAAAUCGCAUCGAUGGUCACACAGGAUUGAGCCAAAUACUAUCGAACAACGCUGAUAGGGUGAACGUCGUCGAGAAAGUAGCGGAUAGUGUUUUGAGGAGUGGAAUGUUUCUCUUGGCUCGACUCCAUUUGGACAAGAUAAGCAAACAAGUGCUACUUGCAGAUAUUCACGAGACCCUGCUCCAUCUUUCUCAAGAUUCGGGGUCUGCGUUCAACUCUUGUGUCGCUCAAAUUGUCAAUGAACCAAGGAGCUCUAAAAGCCAGCUGGCAAAACACGUUCUCACAUGGAUCGUCCACGCAAAAGCUAACCCUACCGUUAAGUUGCUACAGGAUAGUUUCGCUAUUCAACGGAGUAAAGGGGCUUGUUCUCGCAAAUAUCGGCCUCCUGGAGAUACUAUGAUCUCUGCCUGUGCCGGAUUGGUGGUUGUUGACCAGGGCCAUCUCUCCCUUGUUCAUGACUCCGUGAAGAAACAUUUAUACGAACAUCAACUGGUCCCUCUGGUGGCAGAUCUAGAGAUAGCCAAGACAUGCCUCAUGUGCCUCUUAUCUGACGAGCCCAGGGACGAGCCCAGAGCUGAUACUGAGCCGGCUUCUCUGCUUUCAUAUGCAGCCUCGCAUUUAUUCUUUCAUCUCGAAAGAAUGAACUACGGCAAACUGGAUCCGGAAACAACUGAGCUCCUGCACGAAUUUCUCUGCAAUAAGGCCAAGCUCACAAGAGCUUUUGAGUCCAUGCCCAUAAUCGAUGACUUGAAAGUUGCUGGAUUGACGGGUUUACAUGCAGCCGUGUAUUUUGGCAACGAACCAUUAGCCAAGGAUAUACUUGAAAGGGGGGCUGUAGAUAUCAACGCCAGAUGCAUUGACGGACAGACAGCAUUGCAUUGGGCGGUUAGACUGAGCCACAUUCAGCUCGUGAGAUUUCUGACAGGCGAGAAGGCAGAUAACAACAUCAUGGACAAAAGCGGAGAUACACCUCUCCACAAAGCUCUCAUGGGUCAUAACAGAGAUCAUCUUGAGCUUGUCCAGAUAUUGAUUGGUGGGGGUGCUAGAAUCGACAUUCGUGGCGCCAAAGGCUACACACCCUUGUCGUGGGCCAUACGAUAUGGACCAACAGAGGUCGCAAAGCUCAUGAUCAUCAGCCAGAAGAACGUGACCUCUGAGGUCGAAAAGGGGUGGACCACUUUACGUGAGGUUUUCUUCCACGGUUAUGACAUUGUUCAGAAUUUUCCACCGGGCGAAUUGAAAACAGUGCAAGAGGCAGUCGAAAGCCACGUGAAGAGCUUGACUGACCUUUUGUUAGACCAGCUCCUGGAUCUCAACCACCCAACAAGUGACGGCUGGCUGCCAUUAAUCCACAUAGUACGGGUGGGGAGCACCAGCAUACUGGAGAAGUUACUCACAAGACAACCAGGCCCUGCUGACCCCAAUCUGAAGGACUCCGAUUUUCACAGAUCCCCUCUUCGAUGGGCCAUGUUGUAUAAAAGGAAAGACCGGGCACGAAUACUCAUUGAUCAUGGUGCAAAUGCCAACGAACAAGACGACGAUGGUUGGACGCCACUUAUCCAGGCUGUGCAAGACAAUGAUCAAGACUUGGUCUGGCUUCUCCUCAACAACGGCGCCUCUCCAAACGCACUAAAUAGGAAGAACACCCCGGCUUUGGUAUACGCUAUUGAGAGUGGCAAUCCUAAUCUCGCGUGGCUUUUGGUCACCCAUGGGGCUGACGUGACGCAACUAAAUAACAGGGCUCUUGAGCUGGCAUUGGAAAAGGACGAUAUCACGACUGCAUCACUAUUGUGCCUCCACAAGGCUAACCCCAACUUUACCAGCCGCGAUGGCAAGACGCAACUGCACAAGGCCUCCUGCAAUGGAAAUGCCAAGGUUGUCGAAUUUCUCCUAAAUCAAGGUGCCGAGGUGGGCCGCAAAGAUAACGAGGGGUCUACUGCUCUCCAUUAUGCAGUGCUUGGCGAUUUUGUCAAAAUCACCAUGCUGCUUGCAUGCCAUGCUUCCCAAAAAGACCUCGAACUUUGCGAUGCUCGUGGAAGGUCGCCUGUUAUUCUCGCAACACAGAACCGGCACACAGCUGUCUUACGCACCCUACUCUGCAAUGGCGCUUCGUGCGAUGUGCGGUGCCCACAGGAACUGACAGCUCUUCAUUACGCUGCAAUCGAACAUUACGACGAGGGUCUUGAGAUUCUGCUGAGGUAUACGGACAAGGUUGACAUUACAGAUCCACGUGAGAUCGAAAUGGCUGCACUCCCUUGA